UUGGAGACAGUUCCAUAUCCUGAGCCCGCUCAGCCGGUACAAGGCCUCAGCCUGGGAGGACAGGCUAACCGGGUAGUCGAGUCUCUCCCUGCAGGGCUCCCUGGGGCUGUGGGCCGAGGUCCUGCGGACCUGGAUUCUGCCUUUGUUGUCCAGGCUCUCUGAGAGUCAAAGCGGACGGUGGGGAGGAAAGCUGAGAUGCCCUGUAUCCAAGCCCAACAUGGGACACCAGCACCGAGCCCAGGACCCUGUGACCACCUGGCAAGCGACCCCCUGACCUCUGAGCUCAGCAAGCCCACCAUGGACCUGGCCAGCCCCGAGGCAGCCCCUGCGGCCCCCACUGCCCUGCCCAGCUUCAGCACCUUCAUGGAUGGCUACACAGGAGAGUUUGACACUUUCCUCUAUCAGCUCCCGGGAACCGUCCAGCCAUGCUCUUCGGCUUCCUCCUCUGCCUCGUCCACAUCUUCAUCCUCGGCCACCUCUCCCGCCUCUGCUUCCUUCAAGUUUGAGGACUUCCAGGUGUAUGGUUGCUACCCUGGCACCCUGAAUGGCCCACUAGAUGAGACCCUGUCCUCUAGUGGUUCUGACUACUAUGGAAGUCCCUGCUCAGCUCCGUCACCAUCUACACCCAGCUUCCAGCCGCCCCAGCUCUCUCCCUGGGAUGGCUCAUUCGGUCACUUCUCCCCCAGCCAGACUUAUGAAGGCCUGCGGGCAUGGACAGAGCAACUGCCCAAGGCUUCUGGGCUCCCACAGCCACCAGCCUUCUUUUCCUUCAGUCCCCCCACUGGUCCUGGCCCCAGCCUGGCCCAGAGUUCCCUGAAGUUGUACCCCUCGCAGGCCACCCAUCAGCUGGGGGAGGGAGAGAGCUAUUCCAUGCCAGCCGCUUUUCCAGGCUUGGCACCCACUUCCCCAAACCUUGACAGCUCAGGGAUGCUGGAUCCACCUGUAACCUCAGCCAAGCCCCGGAGUGCAGUUCCAAGUGGAAGUGAGGGCCGCUGUGCUGUGUGUGGGGACAACGCCUCUUGCCAGCAUUAUGGGGUCCGCACCUGUGAGGGCUGCAAGGGCUUCUUCAAGCGCACAGUGCAGAAAAGCGCCAAGUACAUCUGCCUGGCAAACAAGGACUGCCCUGUGGACAAGAGGCGGCGGAACCGCUGCCAAUUCUGCCGCUUCCAGAAGUGCCUGGCUGUGGGCAUGGUGAAGGAAGUUGUCCGGACAGACAGCCUGAAAGGCCGACGGGGCCGGCUACCUUCAAAACCUAAACAGCCCCCAGAUGCCUCCCCUGCCAAUCUCCUUACCUCCCUGGUCCGGGCACACCUGGACUCGGGGCCCAGCACUGCCAAACUGGACUACUCCAAGUUCCAGGAGCCGGUGCUGCCCCGCUUUGGAAAGGAGGACGCCGGCGACGUGCAGCAGUUCUAUGACGUGCUCUCCAGUUCCCUGGAGGUUAUCCGCAAAUGGGCUGAGAAGAUCCCCGGCUUUGCUGAGCUGUCCCCGGCUGACCAGGACCUGCUGCUGGACUCAGCCUUCCUGGAGCUCUUUAUCCUCCGCCUGGCCUACCGGUCUAAGCCAGGUGAGGGCAAGCUCGUCUUCUGCUCAGGCCUCGUGCUGCACCGGUUGCAGUGUGCCCGUGGCUUCGGCGACUGGAUUGACAGCAUCCUGGCCUUCUCACGGACGCUGCACAGCUUGGUUGUUGACGUCCCCGCCUUCGCCUGUCUCUCGGCUCUUGUUCUCAUCACUGACCGGCAUGGGCUGCAGGAGCCGAGGCGGGUGGAGGAGCUACAGAACCGAAUUGCCAGCUGCCUGAAGGAGCACAUGGCAGCCGUGGCAGGUGAGCCCCAGCCAGCCAGCUGCCUGUCACGUCUGUUGGGCAAACUGCCCGAGCUGCGGACCCUGUGCACCCAGGGCCUACAGCGUAUCUUCUACCUCAAGUUGGAGGACUUGGUGCCCCCUCCACCCAUCGUCGACAAGAUCUUUAUGGAUACCCUGCCCUUCUGACCCUGGCCCCAAGCAUGUGUGCACGCCUAUGUGCACUCUUACGUCACCCCACGUGCCUUCAAUCCACGGACCCCCCAGGGCAUCCUCCGGCUUGGGCUCGGGCUGCAGACUGACGCACCUCCUGCCCUGCUCUAGGAGGUAGCAAGGAGCUCAAGUCCUGGGAAGGGGGAUGCAUUCAUGGGGGUGACCCGACUGUUUGUCUUAUCCCCCCAGCCCAGCCCUGGCCUUCAUGUUUUUUGUAAGAUAAACCAUUUUUAACACAUGCCGCUGUGCUGUAAAUAAGCCGAAUGCUGCUGUAAAUACAGGAAGGAAGAGGCGGAGGUGGGGGCUGGGAGGAAAGGACGGGGCCCCCACCAGCCCGGGCAAACCUCGCCAGCCUCCUUCGACUUGCUCCCUCUUCCCACCCUCCUUCCACGUGUACAUACACUGUCACUCAAGGAAGAAGACAAAUGACAGAUUCUGACAUUUAUAUUUGUGUAUUUUUCUUGGAUUUAUAGUAUGUGACUUUUCCGAUGAAUAUAUUUAAUAUAUUGAAUAAAAAAUAGACAUGUA